AUGGCUGCAUCUGAAGGCCUCGUUGGCAUUGUCUCACUGAUCAAACGCACCACUCCGCCUAUGAGAGCAGCCUGCAACGGCGUGCAGCCGCCGCGCUCGCUCAACUCAUUGCCGCUAGAGAUAUUGAAUCACAUAUUCAUACUUUUCGCUGAGACUGAGCGCCCGAUACCACCAUUUGACAUACGUGCCCGUCACAUCUAUGAAGAGAGAAAGGUACCCGGUGAAUAUACGAUUAACCUUGACGACGAUGAUGGCGAGCCCGUCUACGACAAUAUGGAUGAGCCACCAUGGAUGCGCGGAAGGGGCGGGCACCUCGGCUGGAUAUUACUAGGUCAUGUCUGUCGGCUAUGGAGGAAAAUGUUGUUGGCUCUGACUGAGCUCUGGGCCGGCGACAUCGGAUCGCUCCCUGGGUCAUUGCAGGCUAUGUUGGAACGAGCAGGCGACGCUCGCCCUCUCAUACUGCGCCUCUACGGCGCAACCUUCCGUCGGACGGAUCCAGAGGAAGGCUUCUGGAAGGCGGUCGCGUGCAAUGACGGUGCCAUGUCCCAACGCAUUCGUGAAGUUUAUUGGAUCGAAAGCCGCAUAUACUAUCUCGAAGACACAUAUUUCUUCCGCACCUCUCGAUGCUCCUUCAUCGCUCUCCACACGUUCGUCCUAUCUACUGGCGAACUCAGCUUUGACCCGGCCAAAACCAUCGAUGCACCCAAUCUACGAGUCGCGAGAUUGACAAAUGUGCUUUGUCACUUCACUUCCAAUGUAUUGGCCGAACUAUCCAUAUGUGGGACAGCGAUGCGCGACAACCCGGAAGGACUCCGCAGAUGGGGACUAUAUCAUCGCACUUUGUUCAAACUUCUGAAAGUGCAUAAACACUCGCUACUGCAUCUACGUCUCGACGUCAGGAGAGUCCAUGGCUACUUGCAUCCUCAUGAGCCAAUUCUCGAGUUCACCCGCCUACAAACACUGGAAUAUCGAGCGGAUGAGCACGAGUACAAUGCCUCUGGCUUGAUCAGCCCACUCGACCGCAUGUCGUAUCCGAACUUUACAUCGGUACAUUUUCAUGUCGAUUCGCGUUCUACGUCUGUCACUUCGAAGACUUUGGGCCCACUCCUCAAGCCCCUUCUACGACUGGACCCCGUUUCGCCGUCGGGGCUUGGAAUCGAGGAGUCAUCCACGCACGGAGGAGAAGACCAUCUGAUCUUGCGUUUCUACGCAAUGGCCGAUGAUCACGAACCGCACACAGACACCCCCAUCUCUACCGAGAGCUUCAUUUUCGGAGGCGACACGCUCCGCCUUACUCUGCAUCUUGCACAUAAGCACAUGGCCCUACGAGUCUUGCUUCAUGCCCUCUCAGAACUCGUUCCCACAGCAAACGUCAAAGCGCUGUCAUAUUCGGGCUUUUGUUAUCUCUGCAAACAUGAUGCAGUCGGUGUCCUACAACGGUUCCCCGCUAUACGAGCAUUCCAUCUCGUAGACCCAUACGACUCCGGCACUUUGAUGGAUACUUUGCACCAGCCGGGUCCCGACGGGCCACUUGCGCCGUUGCUCGAGAGGCUCGCGUUCUCCCAACGAUCGCCCGACCACGUCCUAUCGAGCAGCGCGCUCGCACACGAAUUGAGGGCGCGUUACGGUCCGCCAGAGAUGCUCGCGAGGCAUAGCAUACAUGCCCCGCUGAAGGAUCUGAUGAUAGACAGCACCGUUGUUCUGGAGGAUGAAGAGCGGUCUGGCGAAGCCAGGGAGAGGAUUGCGAGCUUUGUCACUGGAUCGUUGUACUGGAAGGGGCGCCACAUCACUUCGUGA